AUGGUUCACCCUAUAUUGCCGAGCAGCAACUCAGUCAAAGACCCAAACUCAAUUAAUGCCCCGGAACUCGCUAGCCCCAUUAUCUCGAUGCUCUCGCGCCUUCACGCUCUUGUGAUUGGUCCAGGGUUGGGUCGAGAUGGCGUUACACUCAAGGUCGUCUUGGAAGUCAUGAAGGAGGCACGGUCCCGCUCCAUCCCGUUUGUCUUGGAUGCAGACGGGCUUCUGUUGGCUACGGAGAAUCCGGAUCUCGUGAAGGGAUACAAGGAGUGUAUCCUGACGCCCAACGUGAACGAGUUUAGUCGCCUUGCAAAGGCGCUAGGGAUUGAUGUUCCCAGUUUAGCACAGAUUACCUCCUCAGUGGGCGACGACAAGACGAGUCAAGAAGCAGAAGCAUGCGAGAAGCUGUCCAAUGCCCUCGGAGGUGUCACAAUCAUCCAAAAGGGUCCACACGAUGUCAUCUCGAAUGGCGUUACGAGCAUUGUCUCGGAUAUUCAGGGAGGAAUGAAGCGCAGCGGUGGCCAGGGCGAUACUUUGACCGGAUCCCUGGGGACCCUGAUGGGCUGGCGAGCAGCCUACCACGACAAACUCUGGGACUCUGGUGAGGAGGAGAAUUCGAAGGAGGCGCAGUCCAAGGCCGACGUGCAGGCGGAACUAGAAUCAGACAAGCGAAUGUCUCCAGCUACAACGUUGCUUCUCGUCGCAUGGACGGGCAGCGCAAUUACGAGGGAAUGCUCUCGCCGGGCGUACAAGGCAAAGGGGAGGAGCAUGCAAGCGAGCGAUCUGACCGAUGAAGUUCACGGAAGUUUCCUGGAGCUCAUUGGAGAGCCCGAGGAAUCAAAGUUGCAUCUUUAG